AUGGUACACAGAAUCGACCUUGAUCAAGGCUGGGAAGUCAAGCAGUCCAGUUCUCUAGAGAAUGGUACAGCUACGUCCUACCUGCCUGUCGCCCAAUUUCCUACAGUCGCGCACAUCGAUCUUCUCCAUCACAAGCUCAUACCGGAUCCCUAUAUCGACAUCAACGAGCUAAAAUGCCUCUGGGUCAAUGAUGCAGACUGGACCUACCGCACUCAAAUUAUCAGACCUGUCAAUCUCGCAUCUACUGAGCGAGCAGUCUUGGUAUUCGAAGGCCUCGACACCGUGGUCGACGUGUAUCUCAAUGAUACCCAUAUCCUGUUCAGCAAUAACAUGCACAUUUCGCAUCGAGUCGAUGUAACAGAGGCUAUUCGGAACAAGAAUAACACCUCAGUUCUUGAGCUCAGGUUUCAGAACGCCCCAGCGUAUGCUCGCUCAGAGCGUGACCGAAUAGGCUAUAAGCGAAAUCCUACUGGUCGCGCUGUCAACUACGGCGGCUCUGAGCGUCUCUUCUUGAGAAAAGCACAAUACCACUGGGGCUGGGAUUGGGGACCUGCCAUCAAUACCUGCGGACCCUGGAAACCCAUAUACCUAGAGACAUAUGAGUUGCGGGUUAGCGAUCUUUGGGUUACCCAGGAUGUCGCUGCUGAUCUCUCGUCGGUGACAAUCUUGGUGAAGGGAGAGGUUGAGAACGCACAGGAGAUUGACAAGAUACUCGUCCAAUUGACUGAUCCUGACACAAAAGCUACUGUGGUCAAGAAAGAAUUUACAUUAUCCUCCACCGGUUCAUUCGAAGGCAAGAUCAGCUUAGACAAGCCAAAAUUAUGGUACCCAUUCACAUAUGGAAAGCAAGACCUGUACCUUAUCGAAGCUAUUAUCCCUGGGCACACCAGGAGCCAGAACCUCGGCGUUCGUCGCUUACGUCUCCUUCAACACCCUUUGAAAUCUCAACCAGGAACCUCGUUUAUCUUUGAGAUCAAUAAUAUCCGUAUUUUCUGUGGCGGCUCCUGCUGGAUCCCAGCUGACUUUAUGCUCCCACGUGUCACAGCGGAACGAUACGAGAAAUGGUUAACCUUGGCCAAGAGUGGCAACCAAUCCAUGAUUCGUGUCUGGGGUGGUGGUAUAGUUGAGAGCGAUACCUUCUUCGACAUCUGCGACCGAGAGGGAAUUCUUGUUUGGCAAGACUUUCUAUUUGCGUGUGGAAACUACCCUGCGUCGCCCGAUUUUGUUGCCAAUGUCAGGGCCGAAGCAGAGCAGCAGGUCAAGCGCGUCGGGCAUCACCCUUCACUUGCCGUCUGGUGUGGUAAUAACGAGGACUACAUGUGUGCAGAUGAGGAUCGAUGCUGGGAUAUCGAUUGGAGUGAUACCACUGGUCCGUGGGAUAAAACAACAUUCCCGGCUCGUGAGAUCUACGAGCGCACACUCCCUGCCAUUAUCACCGCCUCUGGUACCGAAGUGCCAUACUGGAUUAGCUCACCUUACGGUGGUGAGCAUGCAAAUGACACUACCGUAGGCGAUACACAUUGCUGGGAUGUAUGGCAUGGAAAGAUGUCGCCAUACCAAGAUUAUAAAGCUUAUACAUCCCGUUUUAUUUCUGAGUUUGGCUUUGAGUCAGCCCCUAGCUUAAGUACCUUGCACAGAGCUAUCACAUCUCCUAGUGAGCGUCAUGCGCAGUCGCGAACUUUUGAUGUUCACGAUAAAGGUCCUGGCCACCAGAGACGCUAUCCGAUGUAUAUGGGAGAGAACUAUCGUUUCCGGAUGAACCCCCUUAAGGACUUUGUGUACUGCACCCAGUUUCUUCAGGCAGAGGCAAUGGCCUAUGCCUAUAACUGCUGGCGCCGUGAGUUUAGGGGUCCCGGCGAGGAGAAUUGCGCCGGCGUCUUAGUCUGGCAGCUCAACGACAUCUGGCCCGGGGUAAGCUGGGCGUUAGUUGACGUGGAUUUGAACCCUAAGCCCGCAUUCUACAUCACAAAGCGUGCCUUAGAAAAGACCGUGGUGGGCAUGGAGCGUGUCAUUACAGCGACAGCCCCUUACAUCGUCACAGGCUACCUGCCUGAGAAGGCUAAGGUCGAUAUCUGGGCUGUAAACGGUGAGCAUGACGACAGAACAGUGGUUCUAGAGUUGAGAGCGUUUGAUAUCCAGAGCGGCAAGGCUGUGGAGCUGUCGAAUGUCCAGACCAAGCAGGAGUAUACCCUCAAGGCAAAUCAGACGACAGAGUUGCUGGCAGGAAUAGAUAUUCCCGAUUAUAACGAUACAGUUGUGGUUUCCUACUUGGAUGACCCUGAAUCGGGUGAGAGGCUGGCUCGAUGGGUCAGCUGGCCUGAGCCUCUCAAGUAUCUACGGAUGUCUCCUGAACUGAAGGUCACUGCUAAGGUGGUAGAUGA